GCUUUAUCCAUCACUAAAUUCAGGGCUUUUGCUCACCUAUAUCGAUUUUAUGCUUCAUACUAAUUGCGUCCACUCGCUGCCUCUGCGUCCUUAUCCCACGAGAUCAAGCUCUCGAUUUUGGCCUUUGGUGCUCUCAUCGAAAUUGCAGUUUGCUCCCACCCUGUGCUUUCAGAAAUGGAAGAUUUCAUGCUUUCGUCAUGAAGAUCUUUCAUCUGGCACUCCUAAUCAAGAGCCUGCUGAGGAGUUGGAAGACUCAGGGAAGACAGAAAGUGAUAAACUGAACGAUGAAAGAAGAAACAAUCCUACAAGUCUUGGAGAGGCCAUAAAGGCAUGGUCUGGAGUAAUCGGGAGACCAUGGACUGUGCCAUGGACAGCAGAGACCAUAUUAAAGGUAACUCUUCUUUGGAUUAUGUCAUUAUGGUUCAUAGGGUCAUGGAUGAUGCCCCUCGGCGCAGAUAUUGUUGGCGUCAACAGAGAAUCACUAACAUUCAGGGGGCAGGCCUUGUUUAGCCUUCUGACAGAUGUAAGCGAAGGCUUUGCUGGAAUAUUCAUACUUCAGAGGUGCUUGUCUCGAUUUCGCCCCCUUCCAUCAGAUUGGUUCAAAUUUAGCCUACGGGGGAAUUGGUUCAUUGACGUUUUACUCGGAUGCUUCAUGUUUCCAUUGGUCAAUCGGCUCUCACAAAUCAACCUGGAUUUGUUACCUGUCCUGCCUUCCACUCCCGUCACUCACUCUAGCUUAGAGCAGUCAAUAAUAUCACGUGAUCCCGUCACAAUGGCUCUAUAUGCAGCGGUACUCGUUGUGUGUGCUCCUUUAUGGGAGGAAAUGGUAUUCCGAGGCUUCCUUCUCCCGUCUCUGACUAGAUACAUGCCUGUUUGGUGCUCGAUCUUGGUGAGUUCUUUCGCCUUUGCAUUGGCGCAUUUUGAUGUACAGAGGAUGUUGCCGCUAAUUUCCCUCGGCAUCAUGAUGGGCUUGACGUAUGCGAGGACUAGGAAUCUGCUUCCGUCGAUACUCCUUCACAGUCUCUGGAAUGGAUUCGUUUUCUUAGAUUUGGUGAAAUGUAUGCAUAUUCUUCCCUUACUAAUCCAUAUAAGGUAGGUAGUAUAUUCGAACAGGCCACUUUCAUUCUUAACGUAAGUAUGGGAAAAAUCCAUGUAAGUUGCAAUGUUUGAACAUACCCAUAUUUGUCUGAUAGAAAUGAAUAAAUUUUCUUGAAAUUCCAGUGAGUGCACUCA